GCACACCGGCAGUGACGAAUGUGGAGCCCGGCCGGAAGUGGGGCCUACCGCAGGCCCGGCCGGACGAUGAGCCGCCCGGGCGUCGAGUGCAGGGGCUCUGCCGCCGAGCGGCGCGUUCACCGCAACCCCUCCCACUACCAGUACCUGAAGGUCGGCCUGGAGUGCGAGCCCCGCGGCCCCGGGCUCCGGCUCAGCGACGCCGCCUUCAAGCAGACGAUCGUGGCCGCCCUCAGGGGCUUGCACGGCGAGAUUGGAGCUGCCUUACCCGUUGACGUUCUAAAAUUUGAAGAGCGAUCAUUGACGGCCAUACUGAGGGUACGAGGAAGUGACCUUGUGAAGUUGUGGAGUGCAUUGACCCUCGUGGCCUCUUGUAAAGAUAAGAAGUGUGCUUUCAGAAUCAUUCAGGUCUCCCCAUUUCUUCUUGCAUUGGCAGGCAACAGCAGAGAAUUUCUCUUGGAUUGAGAACUUUGACAAUUGAUGUUGGAAGUAACUUCAUCCAGAUCGAGUUGUAAGAUUAUUGGAAGAAUGUUUAUCAGUGGUCC